UCAUAUGAGGGGUGAAAGGGAUUCAACAGAUGUACCUUAUCAAAAUAGCAUUAUCGAUGCGCACUUAUCUUUAAUCAAUGAAUAUAAUAUAUCAGAUUCCUUUCAAGUUCAAUACACCAUUCUUGAAAUUUGA